UAGAGUGUUUGUGUGACACGGAGAGUCAGAGCGAAACAGACGGAGGGAAGAAGAGAGAGAGAGGAUGCUGUGUGUUCGUUUCACCUCCUAAUCAGUUUUCCUGGGGGAUCUAUCAUCCGGCAGCACAGGAGGCAAAGAGAAAAGAGAAAAAGGGAGAUAUUAGCAUUCAAAUUUGUUCAAAUCUUCUCCAAUCAAGAAUCUGAAUAUCACACAAGUAAGGAAUUACUUCAAAUCCGCUAACUUAUACAUGCAUGUGCUGUUAAAUCUGUCAUUUUUGCACCGAAGUUGCAGAGAUCAAGUGAUGUGACGUUGAAAUUACAUGUUUUAUUCAUGCAUUUCUCAAUUGCAUGAAUCAAAAAGUCGUACUAAUGCAUGACUCUUUUCUUGCAUGUUCUGGUCAUGUGUGUUGACGUUUACCGCCCAUUAAGCGCAUUGAUAGGUCUUACUGGAGCUAUUUCAUGUGUCACUGUAAGGACAUCUCUGAGAGCAGCAGUGACUGGUUGAUAGGAUGCGAUUGGUGCUUCUUUUCCUUAAUAUUUCACGCUUGGUUUAAUUGUGCAGCGUGUCAAACUGUGUUAGUCACACAAUGUCUCAGCUUGUUUGUCAAACUUUGCACAAUAUUUGCAAGUGUUGCAUGCAGUAAAAUGGCCAUUUCACCCUCUUUAGUUUUAAAACCACAGUGGGGAAACUGUGCCGUCUUCUCCUUCUUCUUCUUUUGCAGGCAUUUGAAUGUCUUUUAAAGAGUUCUCCUUGGAAGAGAAAACAUGACUUUGAAGCGCAGAGUUGCUCUCUGUGCCCUGCUCCAUAUGCAUGAAGGCAGUAGCUUCUUUCAUGAUGCUGUCUCGCAGAGAAAACAACAUCUCUGUGGUGUGAGAAUUGUAACUGAGCGUUCACACACUGCAAGAUCAAUGAUGAUUUAUUGUAUGAGUCUCUGUUGUAAUUUUAAGUUAGACCCACUUGCAUGCUUAUAGAACAAAGCCAAUUUUCCCGCAGAUAUAAUUGGCCGAUAUCUCCCUCUGAUGAUUUAAACAUGCGGGAGAUGGGGUCGUGUGAAUGGUGUAGAAACCUGCUGCUGAACUGUGCCCACAUGUGUUCGAUCAAAAAGUGGGACACACGUAGAAACAUGGGGCUUUGAUGACUUGUCCUGUGAGGAUCCUUCCCUUUUGCCCCAGUUUCCGGCUCUGAAAAAGACGCCGUGGCGAGAAAUGAGAGCAGCAUCUGGAUAAAGCAGACGCGUGGAAACACACGUGCGUGAUGCAACAGACAAUCUCUCCCCACUGGCCCCUGUGUGAACGAGCUAGAGCACAAAUUUCACAGUUCACAGCCUUUAAUGAGCUGCUGCAGCCUGUCCAUCAUACUGGAGAGAGGAUACCUUACCAGACCUCAGUCUGAGACUCUGACACCACGGCAGGCAGGCAUCUGUAUAGGAUCACACGAAGAAGAAGAAAAGGAGCAUGCCAUGAUUGUUUGCUGGGUUAUUUUUAGGCGCAUCUGUGAUUUAGCGUAUGCUCAGUUGGAGGGCAGUUUAAAUAAAGAGAAAAUAUGCAGCGUGCAACAUAACCAGAGCUGCUUUUAUCUGGAUAAGUGAGCACUUGAGGAGACGGCUUCGAUUGGUAGAAAUUAGGAGCAAACUUGAUGUGCAUUAAAUCUCAGAGCAAACAGGAGAUGACCAAAGUGCUCACGCUGCAGGGACUUACCAUCAGUUUAUAGGAGGAGAGGUGACAGCUAAUCAAACAGGAACACACCCUGAACAUCAGAUUACCCCCAGCCCUGCACUCAAGGCUGUGUGCAGCCGCCUGGAUCGAACCACUGAUGGGCAACUGAGGAAAUAUGAUCAUGCAUCACCUGCAGCUGAAACCUACUUAAACCCCCAAUUUCUGCCCAAACAACAUAAAAGCUGCUGGAAGAUUUCCCCUGAGCUGCGUGGAGCUGACUUGCUCAGCUGUUUCUGAAAGGUUUGCACUCAAAUGAUGAGGCUGGAGUGCUGAAAAAGUUACCUGUAGUUUAAAUGAGUGCUGAGGGUGCAGCUGAGUUUUUGUUGUUGACUCCAUCCUUGAGAACCUUACAGGACAAGCAGGAGGAUGCAGACGUGUGGUUGCUGGGAGACUGCUGUAGGUGGAUUAUGAAAUGUGCGGGGAAAGCAGAGGCCAGUCACUCAGCUGGGAGCGUAUUGAGUUGUGUAAUGAUGGGAAAUGUCAGUUAAGGGCAAUAAAAGGGGGGAGGAGAGCAGGACGGUGAAUAAAACACCCUAAAUGAAAGGUUAAUUGGAUUUUGUCUGAGGUGUUUUCAGUCGGGGGUGUUUCUGAACUCUCUGAGUGUUCACUCUGGCUCUCUUUGAAACACUUUAAUCCCCGUUACCAGAUGUUGCCAGCGCUGGUAUUACAGUCCCAGAUUACUCUCCACUCUAACUGUCUUUUUUGUGUCUCUUGGUUUAAUGGCAGGAGACCUAAAAUGGACGCCCCCCUCUGCACUCCCUGCAACAUCCAGAUCUGCGAGGUCACCUGCGAUUCCUUCCGCAUCAUGUGGGAUAUGACGCCCCAGGACACAGCCAGAGCCACGCACUUCUUUAUCGACCUGAGCCGUAAAGAAAGCAGGGACCCAAACCGCUUCAAACACAGGGUCAGACAACGUGAAACUGAUAUGAUUUCCAUCAUAUAACCUGGAUCUAUUUCUCCCACCUACAUAUCUCAAAUCAGGGAGGAGAACAUGCAUUUUAUUAAAGUAGGCACUUUAUGGAGCUCUGUGAUAGUCUGAGCACAUAAAACAGUGGUUGCACCCUCUCAGUCACAUUCAAUACAGACAAAAAAGGAAAAUGAGUCCAGUCAAUGGCUUCAGGCCAGUGACUCACUUGCACAUUGUUUCCUUUUAUAGGGACAAAAACUGACAAAUUCUUCUGCAGCAAAAUCACUUUUCAUGUUAACAAAUGUCAAACAUCACUUAUAUGAAGAGGGAAUGUAAAGACCUGAUCUUUGGUGCUUCUGAAAGCUCCAGAUUAUCUGCAUCCCUUGCAGGGGAAACAUAUAUUUAAUUUCCCUGCCAUGAACUGGUGUUUGCCUAAUCUGGUUCAGCCCUGUGGCAUGGCUGAAGGGACAGCAACCACAUUAGACUGGGCAGAAAUAUCUCAACAAGCCCAUUUGAUGGAUUGCCUUGAACAGACAGAUCCCCUGUAGAAGAAGAAGCUUGUUUGGAUGAGGUGGUCCACUGAAUGAAGCUCUGACUACAACCAGUUUGACAUUUCUGGCUUUUUUAGUCACUGUCUUAAUCGUUGGAUAGACUCAUGUUGAAGUGUGGGCAUGUUCUCCUCUUUGGUCAUUUUCUGACUUUCAAUCAAAAUUCACAACCUUUUCCAAAAAGCCCAGAACACCCACAAAACUCCUGUCAUCUCCAUCAACGUAAGCUUUUCUUUGUUGAUUGAAACUAACAAAUGCCAAAAUACUAAACUUAGAAAGGUGUGACAGGAGACAGUUAUAUCUGCUUUGCAGCAGGAUUCUAUUUCCAGUACAGAAAUAAGAUAUAUGACAUACAUGUUACAAAUAUGGCAAAUGAGUCUGGAACAUAUAGGAAAAACCAGUAUAAAAUCACUAAAAUGACAUAUAUUAAACUAUAUACAUAGAAAUCAUCAUUAUUUUUACAUACUAUUUGAAUAUAUUAAAUUAAUGGAUGCAAGUUUACAAAAAAUACAUUUAUGUUGAAUUCAUAUAUGGUGUCAUUUUUUGUCCAUAUGUCAAAUAUAUGUUUGAUUUAUAUAUGGUAUUAUAUGCAUUUUUUAUAUAUAUGCUGAUAAUAUAUGUUAAAUCUGAUUAUGGCAUUAUAGGUUUUCUUCACCCAUGUCAAAAAUAUAUGAUUUUAUUAUAAAUGCAGGUAUAUUAAAAAAUCUAUAUAAUUAAUUGGAGUAUGAUAAUAUAUGUUUUGAUCAUAUAUAUUAAAAAUAAAUAAAACUUAUAUAUUUGUAAAGACCACAGACACAUAUAUAGAGAACAUUGGUUUUGAUAUAAGGUUUGUCCAUACACGUUCAUUAAUGUUUUCCCUCAUUUCAUCCCAAUACAUGUAUACAUAUGUUACAUAUCCAUAUGGGUAUUUUUACCAUUCAAUGUUAGCAUGGUGUUUUUAGCAGCCCAUAUGUGGCUUUGGGCUACAGAGCUCGAGAUGAUACAGGAUUUCUCCUUGUUACAUUGGCUGAAUGCACUGAAGUCUCAAUAUUCUCAGCGUUUCAGCCAUUUGAUGUCUAAAUUUAUCUCCCGUCGCUGAGGCCUUACAUUUCUCAUCUCACUCUGCUUCAAAUGCAAAGUACUGGCUGUAAUUAUGGUCUAUUAUUACAGCUGACAUUCACUGCUUUUUGAGAAGUCAUGCAGGGUUAGGAGUGAGUAAGUUGCUCCUGAAUGGAUGACAUGUUCUCUCUUUCUGUGAGGAAUAAAGAGGCACAAACAAACUUGCAUCAGAGAUGUUGCUAUGGAUAUACUGUAUGAGCCUCUGAGCCUGUGGUUAAUUAGCUGAGCUUCUCAGAGGCCUUGGUCAAAACAAAGGCACUGAUUUGAUAAGAUGUAUCCUAGUUACAGCAGCUUGAGCUCUAAUUGCAGUACCACGCUAAUAAGGUGAAGUUUAUAGCUCGACAAAUGCAUUUACAUUCGCUUUGAAAUGUAGAUUAAAACAUACAGCAGCCCUCAGUCCAGGAUGUCAUCUCCCUCCUCCUUUCCCCUGCAGGAUGUGCCAACUAAGCUGGUGGCCAAAGCUGUGCCACUCCCCAUGGCAGUAAGGGGACACUGGUUCCUCAGUCCGAGGACAGAAUACUGUGUUGCUGUCCAAACUGCUGUCCGGCAGCCCGAUGGGGACUACCAGGUGUCAGAGUGGAGCCAGGUGGUAGAGUUUUGCACUGGGGGUACGUCUCAUUCUCUAUUAGUGUAAUAUAUAGUCUGACAGCUCCAACCCAAGUUACACAAGAGCAGGACAAAGAACUGCAGCGCACAGAAGUGACAAAAAAAGAAAGUCUGUCUCAGCAAUGGUUAUUCAUUUGCAUUUCAAAGGAGCGCAGACUUUUGAAAUGAUUUCUUAUCUCACAUCAUCUUUGCAGACUAUGCCAUGGAGCACCUACAGCAGCUCCUAGACAAGGCUAAAGGCUCUGCAGGGAGGCUGCUAAAAUUCUCGGUGUUUUAUCGAAACCAGCAUCCAGAAUACUUCGACUUUGUCAGGUCAGUGCUGCACCCCUGUCAGUGUGACGUACAUCUAAAUGAUUCAAGCACCAGUUAAGGAAUGGUUCCACAUGAAGCAAAUACUCAUUUCUUAUUGAAAGUUGGAAAAGAAAGUUGGUAAAAGAAACAGCAAACAACAUGCAGACGGUUAGGUUAGUAGACAAAUUACACAAUUACAUUAAAAGGUUAUUUAUUUUCAGAACUUUAACCUUUUGUAUGCCUCUUUGAAAACAUGAUGCACUUAUUUUUUCACACAUAAAAUAGCAUCAUGCACUCUUUCAUACUUUUUAAGGAGUGCAUGAUAAAAAUAAACAGUCACAAGACUUGAUAAAAUCAAAUUCCUCUAUGAUCAGAUGUCUUUGGCAAUCACAUGCACCACAGUUUCAUCGCCACAGUUUCAUUCCAGGUCUCUGCAUACAGUGAAAAUGAGGACAUGUGUGAGAGAGUAGCCGCAGACGUGCAGUCGUGAAAAAAGCAGCAUUGACGGAGUGAAAGAAAAGAAAAUUCUGACCUGCAGAGAUCUACUAUCAAAUGUGUAUCACUCAAGCAGAAAAUGAUACACACGCACAUGUGCACACACCAACAAACUAUUUUCACCUCAGAUUCAGUAUUUAACAUUCAUAUCAACACCAAGGGACUUUUUGAGCUUGUUACAAAGGCACAUCGGCCUUCAGCAGCCUGAGUAGCGUCCCUGGCGGGUUAUUCGAACUGUUCGCUUUUGCCCCGGGGAUGACUUAGGGCAAUAUGGGCCAUUCACUUGGGGGAAAAAGUGAAAUAAAGAGCUGUGCUUGAAGCCCCGCUUUAAAAAACUGAAUGCAUUUCAGAAAACACUGCAUAUUCUUCUGCUGCAAGGGUCAUGAUGCAUUGGUUUAGAUGUGGCUGUUUUGGGCCAAAAGGGGCUGAAUGCCAUUAUUUAGUUAAACAAAGUACUAAAGGUCUAUUCUAACAAAUUGAGGUCAAAUCUCAAAAUUAAAAAAAAGGGUCAUGUCUUGAGUCAUUCUACAUACACUUACUGCCUGCUGAAGUGAUACUUACACUACUAACAACACCCAGAACCCCAAAAAUAUUUCAGAUUGUGCGAAUCUAUGAGAGAGAAUACUUUAGGACCACAUUGAUGAUUUUCAGAUUCAGAUUCAGAUUCAGACAACUUUAUUGAUCCCCAAAGGGCAUUCACUUCACACGAACCCACCUUGUUGUUUUUGUACUUUUGAAACAUACUCAAUGGUGCUGAUCAUUGACUUUGCUCCUUUUAGCAAGAGCCAUACUCGCUGUUUCUGAUCUCUUUGCUACCACUGCUUUCUAAAGUAUAAUUACCAGUAUUAAAGAAAACAUUUCUGUCUACUGUAUCCUCCAAACCCCAAAUGUAAUCGUCUUUUUUUGUCUUCUCAUUGUAUCAGAAGGGAAUGUGGGAGCCUGAUGCCCCCGGCCCUCAAAGACAGCAGCGGCAGUCACGGCUCCCCCGUCAACGGCAAACUGCAGGGGGUCUUCUUCAGCUGCAACACCGAGUUUGACACAGGCCUCCCUCCCAAAGACUCCCCUUAUGGCCCCCUGCGCUUCCAAAUACCAGCUGGACAUCUGCUAAACCCCAACAUCAGCCUGUACUUUGCCGAUUUCUACUGCAUGUACACGGCUUAUCACUAUGUUGUACUUGUGCUGGCCCCUGUUGGCUCAGCAGGAGACACCUUCUGUCGCACCCGCUUGCCUCUGCUGGAACUGGGAUCCAACCCUUUCCUCACGUACAUUGAACCCCAGAGGCCGGGGGAAGAGCCUUUAUACUGCCAUGCAAGUGAUGUCAUCCUCGAGGUGCUUUUCACAGAGCCGGUUCACUUGGAUCAGGGCACCGUGGAGCAGAUCAGUGGGCACCACCAGCUCAAGAGUUUAACCACCGCCAACGCCAAGAAGGACCCGAGCUGCAAAGUGUGCAACAUUAGCGUUGGCCGCUGAGGGGGAAAUGAGAUCUGCGUGUGUUUGAGCCUACCAAACUAAGAGACGCUGUUCCAGAUGACAUAACAGUAGAGUCCAUUACGUGUAGGUCAGAACACAGAGGAAACAGCCCACCUCUCGGGGUGUGUGCAUGCUGCUGUCCCUCUCUCCCCCCCGCCACUACUAGAAUAGUGAGUAUUUCUAAAAGAAGAUGUUCAUCAUGAUCACAGCUGGAAAUACAGUUUACAUUAAUCCACUGCUUUAAAAAAAAAGAACCUGAAGUACAUGAUAGGUUUUAGCUGAAAUUAUUUGUUGAGAAAUAUCUGAAGUCUUUGUUGUUUUUGUGGACUUUUUGUAACUCUCUCUUGGAAGUUUUAUUUUUUCCUGAUAAUGUGUUUGAUUUCAGUUUUUAAGAUGGACCAAAACUUUGAUGUCAUUUUGUUUUUUCUAUGUCUGACAAAACCCAGAGGUGCAAAUGUUCGAGGCUUGCCGCUUUGACGAGUCCGUGUUUUAAAUGUCACAGCUGCCAAGUAAGUCGCAGUUCGUACUUCCCAAAAUGCAAUCUUUACAAAGUCACUGCCAGAUGUUCUGCCUUUUAAAAAGGAACAUAUAAUCUCCAAAUGUCUGAUAUUAAUAGUGCCCUCCUGUCAAACUCUGUAAUACUUCUGAAAGCUCAUAAAAAAAAAAGAGAGUGAUGAUCUCUGACAGCAAACCUCUGCUCUCUAAACAGAGCUGAGCUAAGAUUAGCUCAGUCCUCGCUAUGGGGCUUGUGUUUGUCCCUGCCUAAUAAUCUCUGACCUAUAUGGGAAUCCCAGCAAUGCCCGCAGUGAAAGAAACCCCUCCACAGCGCUCAACAAGCAACGCGGGCAGCGAAGAGCCAAAGUGUCUGGCAACGUGACAGACAAGAGAGAGUGAGUACAAAGGUCACCAGUCUGAAUGUGAAAGAAAGCUGGAGACAAUGACAAGUUUUAGAAACCUUUUUAUACAAAACAGAUAAAUCGAUGUCUCAACAAACAAGAAAGGUCAAUUUAGAGUAAAAGAAAACAGCACGCUGAAGAAUUUAGCUCAAGCUUGAGCAAUCGCUGAAGGUUUGAUUUAUGCCCUUUUAUAAGGACUGUUGCCACGGCAGAGAUGUGAGCUUACACUCACAGAGAUGCUGUAAUUCUCACCAUUAUUGUUGUCCCAGAAAGGCUCACUCUGCCCUCCUGGAAGAUACCUCAGACAGAACUCUAUCCUCCUUUUGGCAUCGAGCACUUUGGGAACGGUAAUGUUGAAUUCAAAGAUGUCUAUCUGGGGUCCGCCGAAGCGUUUCGGCAGGAAUGUGCAGGGUACAUCUCUACAACUCUGCCAGGAGUCGAAGGUGAUGCGAACACUGACAUCCUUCUGGUAGUUGAUGUUUCUGACUCGGACGGUUCCUCGUAUGGUUUGAUCUGUGACGCUGCAGUUCUCCAGGAUUACCAUGCUCUCUGCCAGCUUGGCUCGGAAGGCCUGAAAAUCUGCCGAGGGCAGCGGGAAGCCCAGUUUGAGGCGUGUACCCGGGCAGCAGGUGCUGACGGUGCAGCUGUAACCAUCCUCCGUCAUGCUUCCCAAAUCCUGCAGCGAUGGCAAGAGGUCGAGGUCACACUGCUCCUCUUCAUCAGAAAAUUCUCGCACGGCCGUCAGAGACAACCCCUGCGAGUCCGCGAAAACUACAUGCUUGUUCUUGAUCGGGAGCACAACAUCAUCAUCAUCAUCAUCAUCCAAAUCUUUCAAGAAAGGUGGGAGGAGGUGGUUCAGAAAGGCCUGGUUAAAGAAAUCAGAGGAUAGCUGAUCUGAAACGUGGGGGCGGAUGCAGGGACGCUGUGGUUUAAGGAUGGGAACCCAGACAUGAGGACACAGUUGUUUACGUUGGUUUAAGCACAGUGUGACAGCAAGCUCAGCGAGUCCAGCUGACUGAGCUGCUGACCUGAGGUCAACCGCAGGCAGGACGCUGGAGGAAGAAAGAGAGCUGUGAAACUCUCGGGAUGUGACAGACACAGUGUAGGCAAUAGCAGAAAGAGCGUUUAUGUGCUUACCUCACACUGGUCAUAGGCAUGAUGGUAGACUGAUGGAAACUGUCCUCUGUUUGGUUGGAAUUCUAGAAAAUAGGAGAAAUUUGAUGUAUUAUACAGAUCUCAUACACAAUUUUGCAAAUAUGAUGUAACUUUAAAAACACCCAUUAAGAGUCUGAAAUCUGACUUACACACUUCCAUGAGCAGCAAGUUGUCGUCUGUAGUCUCAGUCAACCCCUUGCCUACAGCAGAAUGUGGCCCAAGAUCCUAUUUAUACUACCUCAGUUAGGAUGUCAUGUUGUAAACCCCUCCUUCUCCUCUCUCUCGACCAAUCAGCUCAGUCUUUCGGUUUCUGUGCUCCUCUGUAAUGUUUUCCUUGUAAGUAUCAAAACACUGAAUAUUCAUUCCAUGUCAAGACAGAAACAUAUUACAAAAAGUAUGUUACAUAUAAAGAUUUAUAUCAAAAUGUG